AUCAAUUUUCAAUCUUUUCGCAGUUCUGGCCCUUAUGGUGUGUUGCGUAUCCUCAUUAGAAGCUCAGAUGGCAUCCAGAUACAAGCGAUCAGUAGUGGAGAUCGACAAUCCCAAAGAAACUCUGCAAGUCCUUGGUAAUUUAGCGCAGCGGAUAUUAGAGGCAGAAAGUAUUUCCAACGAAAAAAGAGGUCUUGAUUUGGGACUGUCGCGAGGAUUCUCUGGAAGCCAGGCAGCCAAGCACUUAAUGGGCUUAUCUGCUGCCAGCUUUGCCAAUGGUCCAGGUCGGAAACGCCGUUUCGUGGAUGAAUCUCAAUGAAAUUAUUAAACUAUUGGGCCUUUUUAGUUGGAUUUGCUUAGCUUGACAUUUUGGUUCAAUAGCAGUUUUGCUUCUCAGCGUUUUGAAACAUCUGGAUGUUGGAUUCUUUUGAUUCGCCGAUUUGUCUGCAUCCUAUAUGUAAAACUACAAGAAUUCUAUUUAUAGAAAUGUAUUUCUUUUAUUAUAUAGCUACAAAUAUAUAUAAAAUCAUAUUAAACAAUAUAUUUAAUGUGCAUUGCGCUGUAUAUCUGUAGACUGUAGAUUCCAAUAAAAUAUUCUGCUGCGGCGGAUUUCUUUGUUCAGUA